AUGGCCUCCCGCUUCACUCGACUGACCACUCUUGCUCCCAAGUUGGCUCGUGGCUAUGCUGCUGCCGCUGCUCCCAAGCCUCCCAUUACUCUUUUCGGUCUUGAUGGUCGUUACGCUACCGCUCUUUAUACCGCUGCUGUUCGUCAAAACUCGCUUGAUGCCGUUGAACGCGAUCUCUCUCAGCUCCAGAACCUCAUCAACAAGGACAAGACUGUUCAAGCCUUCCUUGAAAACCCCACUGUCACCGCUCAAGCUAAGGCUGAUGGUAUCAAGGCUCUUCUUUCCAAGGCUGGCAAUGUGAACGCUUUGACCAAGAACCUCUUUGAAGUAUUGAACGAAAACAGCCGUCUUGACCAAACCGCCAAGGUCCUCAACGCUUACGCUGAGUUGAUGAGUGCUCACCGCAACGAACUUCCUUUGGUUGUCACCUCCGCCAAGGAAUUGGAUAAGUCUACUUUGAACAAGAUUGCCGACUCUCUUCAAAAGAGCAAGCUCGCUGAAGGCAAGAAGCUUUUGAUCUCCAACAAGGUCAAGCCUGAUAUCCUCGGUGGUAUCCUCGUUGAGAUUGGUGACAAGAGCAUUGAUUUGACUGUCUCUGGCAAGGUUGCUAAGCUUAACAAGCUCGUCACUGAUUCCGUGUAA